AUGUGCUGGGACAAGCUUUCUCAGCCAUCCCCGCUCAGGGAGGUGAACAUCGGCACGGAGACCUCGGGCCUUGCUUUUGAUCGUAGAUACCUUACUGUGUGUAGAAGUAAACACUGCGGACGAGUGUUUAGGAUUUGUUGUGUCAUUUUCUCUCCCCGUUUCUUACAGAAAGGCUCCUCGCUAGUUGCUCCAGUCCACAUUGUCAGUGAAGAGUCAGCUGACAAGACUAACCUGGGCUUUAUUCAUGCCUUUGUGGCUGCUAUCUCGGUCAUCAUUGUGUCGGAGCUGGGGGACAAGACCUUCUUCAUCGCGGCCAUCAUGGCCAUGCGCUACAACCGCCUGACUGUGCUGGCUGGGGCCAUGCUCGCCCUGGGGCUGAUGACGUGUUUGUCAGUUUUGUUUGGCUAUGCCACCACGGUUAUUCCUCGUGUGUACACAUACUAUGUGUCAACAGCACUGUUUGCAAUCUUUGGCAUCCGAAUGCUUCGGGAAGGCUUGAAAAUGAGUCCAGAUGAGGGGCAGGAAGAGCUGGAGGAAGUUCAAGCAGAAAUAAAAAAAAAAGAUGAGGAACUUCAGAGAACUAAACUGUUAAAUGGACCAGGAGAUGUGGAAUCUGGGCCAGGCACCACUAUACCUCAGAAGAAGUGGCUACACUUUAUUUCACCAAUCUUUGUUCAAGCUUUUACGUUAACAUUUUUAGCAGAAUGGGGCGAUCGUUCCCAAUUGACAACCAUAGUCUUGGCUGCCAGAGAGGACCCCUAUGGUGUGGCAGUAGGAGGAACAGUGGGACAUUGCCUAUGCACUGGUCUAGCAGUUAUUGGAGGGAGAAUGAUAGCACAAAAAAUUUCUGUUAGGACUGUGACAAUCAUAGGAGGAAUUGUCUUCUUAGCAUUUGCAUUUUCUGCACUAUUUAUAAGUCCAGACUCUGGUUUUUAAAAUUUUUCAAUGCUGUAAAAGAACAAGGAUUGGAAGCAUCAAGCAGUUAUCCUUGUGCAUUUUUGUAUAUAAUGUACAGAAUUAGUAGUUAAACAAGUGCUGAAGAUGAGACACUGAACUUUUUAUAGCGGAUGAUUCAUGGGACUGAUGCAUUUAUGGACAGCUUCUGCAGUGGAGAUCUGCUUAUUGUCUGGCUUGUUUGUGCUGUGGUGCCUGCUCCCAUGGUGGGAUUUGAGUGGUUUUCUCACUUGCUGGACCUGGCUCAGCUGAGUUCAAGGAUCUACUCUCCGAAGUACUGAGAAUUCCUCUUUUCUUCCUCUGAUACACACAACCACAUUUCCUGCUUUUUCAAGAGCAGAUUCUUCAGGCCUCUUGAAGCAGACUGUGUUAAGGAGAAAACUGCUGGCUCCCACCUCCAAAGAUAGUGGUUCCAUGGUGCACCUGAGGCUGGAUAAUCUAAGCAACAAGAAAUCUGGGAGCAGUCCCUAUGCCAUCCAGUGGCUGAGCCAACCAAGAGAAUGUUAUAAACUUAAUUUAGAGGGAAAACUUCUUAAUCAGGGAUUUUUAUCAGGAAACUGAUGUGGGGUGAUUAACAACCUACUGUGUUCAAUAUGCAAUCUGGCUGGAGCUAGUAUUAUCUGACUUUUUUUUUUUUUUUUUUUUUUU